AUGCAGGCUCUAGGUAUUGACUAUGAGAAGACAUUUUCUUUAGUAGUUAAUACAGUCAGAACUGAGCUAAGAGUUUGCUCUAAACCUAUUAGCAAUACAACAAAACUGUCCUUAAAUGAUGAAGAACCAUUUAGAGAACCUACUUUGUACAGAAGCAUAAUUGGGGCUUUCCAAUAUCUUAUUCUUACCAGACCAAAUGUUGCCUUCGCUAUCAAAAAACUGAUUCAAUUUCUCAAAUCUCCAAUAAUGUUACAUUGGGAAGCAUGCAAGAAGUUGCUGAGAUAUCUCAAAGGCGCUAUCUCUGGUGGAUUGUUCCUAAAACCUUCUGUCGUCAUGACUAUAGAAAGCUACUCUGAUGAUGACUGGGCUAGUUGUUUUGAUGAUAGAAGAUUAACAGGAGGAUAUGUGGUGUAUUUAGGUGAUAAUCUAAUCUCAUAA